UCUUAGAUCUUUUUAGCUUCUCAUUCCUGCCAGUUCUCCAUUUUAGAAGUAUUAGGGAUAUAGUGACUUGGGAAUCAAAAUGAACUUUGUAGGCUGCGGAUGAAAACAGUCAUGCCCUUCUUAGGUCAUUUCCUGGCCAGAAAAGAUCUGUCUGGAAAUGGUUAGGAUUUCUUCUAUGAUUUGUAUGGAUGUGUGCAUGGUUAGUGAAAGCAAAGAAUGUGGGGAAUCCUUUGCCCAUCCCUCAGAGAGUGGCUUCUUUAUGGAGGGUUUUUUCCCUGCGGACGAGGAGUGGUGCAGGGAGCUGGUAGCUCAGUACUUCCCACUCUGAGGCAUCUCGAAGCCCUUAACACUCCAGAUAUUAAAUGUCCUGCUGGACAUUGUGCCAGUUUGCAAAGAUUACACAAAAAAUGGGCUAUAGAUUAAAAAAUUAUGCAAGCUGUAAGACUUGCUGCAGACUGUAAAUUGUUCUUUAAAUGGAGGACAAUUAAUUCAGCAAGCCACUGCAAGAAGUGAGUGAAGCUAGAGUAAAUUUCUGAAAAGCUGUGUAUUUAAUGAUCAUAGAACAUUGCUUUUCUGUCUUAAUAUUCUUCUAACUUUGGUUCUGAGGCUUUUUGUCCUAUGAGGCAGUCAGAGAGGUUUUUUUGUUGUUGGAAAAGGAAAGGGAAAACCUUCCUGCCCACAGCAGCUGGUUGAGAUUAGGACGGUUUCCUGCCUGAGGAGCGAGUGGGCAGAGAAAGGAGGAAGAAAUGAAUAAGAAGACUGAGGAGACAGUAAACAUCUCAAAGAAUAGCAAAUACUGCCAACUCUUUCCUUGGCCUUUCCUGGCAAGAGCUGGAAAACUGUCAGAAUGUAGGCCAGGAAGAGAAGAAUGCCUUGAAGAAAUGAUCGGGAAGCAAAACUUAGCUGGAAAUCUCUCCCUUGUGUGUUCUCCAACCCCAUUCAUCCCACCUUGCGCUCACCUUGUCCAUCUCCUCCAAGUCUGCUGGGGACACUGGAAGAGAGAGGUGCUCAGCCCAUCCUGAUUGUCCAUUUUCUACCCCUUUUCCGCUUGUCUGUGCAAGUGUUUGUGUGUGUGUGUGUAUGUUGAAUCUCCCUAUGUCAGAAUACUUGGAACCAGAUGUAUCAGCACCCCAUCCAAACCCAGACCCCUCUGACUAUGGUCGUUUGCUUUAUCAUAUGUAAAUCCCCAUCUAUUCUUUGUCUACCUUCCUCAUAAAGCCUAGUUUUCCUUUGUUUUGUGGUCUUGAGGAAGGGGUUCUUAACUUCAGGUUCGAGAUCCCCAGAAUUAUUGUGUGUGCUUGUGUUUUUCUGGUAAGAGGGACUAGAGUGGGUUGCAAGAUUUUGGGAGUCUGACUCCCAAAGGUUAAGAACCACCUGUCUGGGAAUAUGGCUCCAGCUAUUUCCUCAUCCAAAGCCAGGCUAAGAACCCCUUGGCAAAUGGAAGAGUCUCCCCUAAUUAUCCCCUUCCCCAGGAUGUGGGGGCUCAAGGUUUUGCUGCUGCCCAUGGUGAGUUUUGCUCUAUACCCUGAGGAGAUACUGGACACCCAAUGGGAACUGUGGAAGAAGACCUACAGGAAGCAGUAUAACAGCAAGGUGGAUGAAAUUUCUCGGCGUUUAAUUUGGGAAAAAAACCUGAAGCAUAUUUCCAUCCAUAAUCUUGAGGCCUCUCUUGGUGUCCAUACAUAUGAACUGGCCAUGAACCACUUGGGGGACAUGACCAGUGAAGAGGUGGUUCAGAAGAUGACUGGACUCAAAGUACCCCCCUCUCAUACUCGCAGUAAUGACACCCUCUAUAUCCCCGACUGGGAAGGCAGAGCCCCAGACUCCAUUGAUUAUCGAAAGAAGGGAUAUGUUACUCCUGUCAAAAACCAGGGUCAGUGUGGUUCCUGUUGGGCUUUUAGCUCUGUGGGUGCCCUGGAGGGUCAGCUCAAGAAGAAAACUGGCAAACUCUUAAAUCUGAGUCCCCAGAACCUGGUGGAUUGCGUAUCUGAGAAUGAUGGCUGCGGAGGGGGCUACAUGACAAAUGCCUUCCAGUAUGUGCAGAAGAACCGGGGCAUUGACUCUGAAGAUGCCUACCCAUAUGUGGGACAGGAUGAAAGUUGUAUGUACAAUCCAACAGGCAAGGCAGCUAAGUGCAGAGGGUACAGAGAGAUCCCUCAGGGGAACGAGAAAGCCCUGAAGAGGGCAGUGGCCCGAGUGGGACCUGUCUCUGUGGCCAUUGAUGCAAGCCUGACCUCCUUCCAGUUUUACAGCAGAGGUGUGUAUUAUGAUGAAAACUGCAAUAGUGAUAAUCUGAACCAUGCGGUUUUGGCAGUGGGCUAUGGGAUCCAGAAGGGAAACAAGCACUGGAUAAUUAAAAACAGCUGGGGAGAAAACUGGGGAAACAAAGGCUAUAUCCUCAUGGCUCGGAAUAAGAACAACGCUUGUGGCAUUGCCAACAUGGCCAGCUUCCCCAAGAUGUGACUUCAGCCAGCCAACCCCGUCCUGCUCUCCCAUUCCUUCCACGAUGGUGCAAGUGCUGAUGUACUUUGGAAGGGAGUUGGUGUGCCUUUCUUGAAGCAGAUGUUGUGAUACAGAGAUUGUCCAUUCCGUUUCCCCAUUUGUUUGUGCUUCAAGUGACACUCUUACUACUUUCCUUCUCUCCACCCAAGGCCUUUAUUUUUCACUGUGACCACAGUAGGAAUUUCCCUAACAGGUGUGCUUUCUCAGGCUAAGAGAUGUGACCAGAGCCUGCCCUGACUGUGUUGUCCUGGGGCUGAUUCUAUGCAAAGAGUUAGAGGCUAGAGAUCUUCAGAUAGGCUAGAUUCUCCUUCACAGCGACUAGUUAGCUUUAACCAUUCUAGAGGACUAAGGUGUCCCGACUUCUCAGUCUCCAAGUUCACUUCUUCUAUAUCCUCAAGAUAGAAAUUUCUAUGUUUUUCACCCCAAUUCAUAAAUCUAUUCAUAAAUCUUUGGUACAAGUUUACAUGAUAUAAGAAAUGUGUUUUAUUUUUCCUUCUUUGCAUUUUUAAAGUAAACCAAGUAUUUAUCUCAUGUCUAUAAUUUAAUAAAUAGCUAUAUAGUAAGCAUUCA